AUGAGAAUAUCUUAUACAACAAGAUAUGAAUUGGCUUGUAUGACUUUAGGCUGUGUUUGUCAGUAUUAUGGGGGCAAAUCAAGUAAUCGAGCAACUAAUGAUUGUACCCUUUCAAAUGGCCAAAAACUUAAAAAAGCAAAACGCAAAGAAUGGAGAAUGUUAACAGAUCAGGAAAAAAUGGAUACUUUUGCUGCAAUUGCAGAAAUGAAAAAGAAUGGGGAAUUUGACUAUCUGGCAAGAUUACACAAAGAUGCUUUUGAAGCUGGAAAGUGGCACGGAUGUACAUCCUUUUUCGUUGUUCAUAGAGAAUUUCUUAAAAGAGCUGAAAUAAUUCUGCGUAAAAUAAACCCAAAUAUUAGUAUGCCUUACAUGGAUGUUACUUUGGAUGCUCGCUUGCCAAAUCCGGCAGAUUCUAUUCUUUUUACUAAAGAGUUCAUAGGUAGUACAGAUGGAAAUGGUAAUGUAAUUGAUGGACCUUGUGCAAAUUUUAAGACACUUCAAGGGGACCCUUAUAUUACAAGAAAUGUUGGUAAAGAAGGUGGAAGAUUAAUGAAUGAAGAUGAGUAA